CUCUCUGCUCCAAGGCGAUAAAGCGAUACUGUGCGACUUCGAGAUUAUAGCUCUUCCGCCGUUGCCACAUCUAAUCGCCGACGAUCUGUUCUCAUCUGCUGCUUAACAAUGAUCAUCUCGGAGAAAAACCGUCGCGAGAUUUCCAAGUACCUCUUCCAAGAGGGAGUCUGCUUUGCGAAGAAGGAUUUCAAUCUGGCGAAGCACCCAGAAAUCGAUGUUCCAAAUCUGCAGGUGAUUAAGCUCAUGCAGAGCUUCAAAUCCAAGGAGUACGUCCGCGAGACCUUCGCCUGGAUGCACUAUUACUGGUACCUCACCAACGAAGGAAUUGAGUUCCUGCGUACAUACCUCAAUCUGCCUUCGGAGAUCGUCCCUGCUACCUUGAAGAAGCAGGCUAGGCCAGCGGGCAGGCCAUUCGGAGGCCCACCUGGUGACCGCCCACGUGGCCCUGGCCGUUUUGACGGGGAGAGGAGGUUCGGUGGCGAUAGGGAUGGUUACCGUGCUGGACCAAGGGCGCCUGGUGGUGAUUUUGGUGACAAGGGUGGAGCUCCUGCUGAUUACAGACCAACAUAUGGGGGUGGCUCUUCUGGUCCGAGGACAGGAUUUGGCCGUGGUGCUGGAAGCUAUGGCGGUCUGCGACGAAGGAAAUCCCUGGGUCGAGCAAGCUUGCUGAAGGCGGAAAGUAUGGUUUCCAAUGGAAGCAAAGACUCGAGCUCCACUUCCGCAACGGCUGCCAAGGGCGGAGGCGGAAGCGGCGGCAAGAUAAAGGGAGUUCCGACUCACGGCGGUCGUUACGUGCAGUAUAAUGUCCAUGGGAACUUGUUUGAAGUUUCUAGCAAGUACGUUCCUCCCAUUCGACCAAUCGGCCGUGGCGCUUAUGGCAUUGUCUGCGCUGCUGUGAACUCCGAGACACAAGAGGAAGUGGCAAUAAAGAAAAUUGGGAAUGCAUUUGACAACAGAAUUGAUGCGAAAAGGACGUUGAGAGAGAUUAAGCUUCUACGCCAUAUGGACCAUGAAAAUGUAAUUGCCAUCAGGGACAUUAUUCGACCACCGAAGAAGGAGGCAUUCAAUGAUGUCUACAUAGUUUAUGAAUUGAUGGAUACUGACCUCCAUCAGAUCAUUCGUUCUGAACAAGCAUUGACUGAUGACCACUGCCAGUACUUCUUGUAUCAACUGCUUCGAGGGUUGAGAUAUGUGCAUUCCGCCAAUGUCCUGCAUCGAGAUCUUAAACCCAGCAAUUUGCUUCUGAAUGCAAAUUGUGACCUUAAAAUUGGAGAUUUUGGGCUAGCAAGAACAACUUCCGAGACAGAUUUUAUGACCGAGUAUGUUGUCACUCGUUGGUAUCGAGCACCAGAGUUGCUCCUUAAUUGUUCAGAGUACACUGCUGCAAUAGAUAUUUGGUCUGUUGGUUGCAUCCUUGGUGAAAUUAUGACUCGGGAACCCCUAUUUCCUGGAAAGGAUUAUGUUCAUCAACUGAGGCUUAUUACAGAGCUAAUAGGUUCGCCGGAUGAUGCUAGCCUUGGUUUCCUUAGAAGUGACAAUGCGAGAAGAUAUGUUAGACAGCUUCCACAGUUCAGAAAACAGAACUUCUCCAUGAGGUUCCCCAAUAUGUCUUCUGGUGCUGUCGAUCUGCUAGAAAAGAUGCUUGUAUUUGAUCCCAACAAACGCAUUACAGUUGAUGAUGCACUUUGCCACCCAUACUUGUCACCCCUCCAUGAUAUCAAUGAUGAACCGAUCUGCUCUGCACCAUUCCACUUCGAUUUUGAGCACCCGUCAUGCACCGAAGAGCAUAUUAAGGAGCUCAUAUGGAGGGAGGCAGUGAAGUUUAAUCCAGAUACCCAACACUAGAAGAAGAAGAAGAAUGUGCUGUUGAAGAAGCGAAAUGUUGAGAAAUGAGAAGAAACCUUCUUCCCGGAAAUGUAUCAGCCUGCUAUGAUCAUCACAUCCUGAGCUCUGCAACUCUGGAAAUCACCAUUAGGAGGAUAGUUACCACAAUGUCCAAGAAAUUCUAUAGGGCUAUAGCAGAAUUAGCUGUUUGGAAACAAACCUGCUCAAGUAAACAAACGUUGAGAAGCAUGGAUCAUAUUGUAAAGAAGUUUCUGCAGAUCCUUUUCAUGUGUACAAGUUAGGAGUAAUUUCAAGUAUGUGAGCUAACAGCAAUGACUGGUUGCUUAUAGCGAAAUAAUCUAUGAAUCUAAUACCUUAACAUCAUGUACUAUCUGAAUAAAGUUGUCACGUGAUAUUGAAAUUGCAACUUUUUUGAUUGUUUGUUUUGAACAGGUAAUUGGGUUGUGCGUUAUACUGAUCAGGUACAGAAAGGAAAAAUUGUGGAU